ACCGGGCAAUUCCUUCACUUUUUUCCUUUUUCCCCUCACAAGCCCCACAUUUCAAUAUUCCACUCUGGGGCAUAUAUAUCCCGUCUCAAGUUGCUGGGCUCCUCGACGCUAAGGCGCUCCAAACUGUUGCAAGCCCCUCCCCCAGAGUAAACACCAGGCCCAGUCUGGAUAUAGAUUUGGUCCUGCGACUUUGUGCGGGUCCACAUCAUUACAGACAGAGAGGGGAGGAGAAGGCCUAAGUAAACCAGGGGAGCUUCAGCUGGGGGGAAAGCCAGGCCGACCAAUGGGAUCAGGGAAGUUGGCUCAAGUGCUUCUGGGAUGGGCAGCAGUUUGUCUCAGCGCCGUACAGGUAACUGGUGCUCAAACUGGAAAUGGACCUUACCAAGCUAGCCGCUUCACUGGGAACGUAGACCAGAGGGAAGCCCAGCGUGUCCGCCGCCGUGGCCAGGACACUCUUAAAGGACCCAAUGUAUGUGGCUCUCGCUUCCAUUCGUACUGCUGCCCAGGCUGGAAGACGCUGUCUGGAGGGAACCAGUGUAUUGUUCCAAUCUGCAGGAAUUCCUGUGGUGACGGGUUCUGUUCCAGACCCAACAUGUGCACCUGUUCCAACGGCCAGCUCUCUCCCAGCUGUGGAGGUGGAGGAAUUCAGUCCUGCAACAUCAGAUGUAUGAAUGGAGGCAGCUGCAUGGAGGACUCCUGUUCUUGUGCAAAGGGAUACACUGGGAACCACUGUGGACAGCCUGUGUGUGAAAAUGGUUGUCAAAACGGUGGUCGCUGCAUUGGCCCCAACAGAUGUGCCUGUGUCUAUGGUUUCACUGGUCCUCAGUGUGAAAGAGACUACAGGACAGGACCAUGUUUCACCCAGGUGAGCAACCAGAUGUGCCAGGGCCAGCUGAGUGGAAUUGUCUGCACCAAAACUCUUUGCUGCGCCACAAUUGGCAGAGCGUGGGGCCACCCCUGUGAGCAGUGCCCCGCCCAGCCGCACCCCUGCAGACGAGGCUUCAUUCCCAACAUCCGCACCGGAGCCUGCCAAGAUGUGGAUGAGUGCCAGGCGGUACCAGGUCUGUGUGCAGGAGGAAACUGUAUUAACACUGUUGGAUCCUACGAAUGCAAAUGCCCUGCUGGUCAUCGUCAGAGUGAAACCAGCCACAAAUGUGAAGAUAUUGAUGAAUGCAGCACCAUUCCUGGGGUGUGUGAUGGAGGAGAAUGCACCAACACUGCUGGUAGCUAUGUCUGCAACUGUCCACGAGGCUACAUCACCAGCACAGAUGGCUCCAGAUGUGUGGAUCAGCGUGUGGGCACCUGUUUCUCUGCCCUUGCCAAUGGUCGCUGUGCAGCAGAGCUAAAUGGCCAGUACACAAAAAUGCAGUGUUGCUGUGAAACAGGACGCUGCUGGGCUUUGAGCCAGAUCCCAGAGAUGUGUCCUGUCAGAGGUUCCGAUGAGUUCAGGCGUCUGUGCAUUGUGGGAGUUCCACAAGGACUCCCUCACCCCUUCCCCAACGGAUACUUCCCCAGCCACAAUGGAAACUUUGGAUUUAAGCCUCCCAGUAUACCUAAUGGAAAUGGGAAUGGUAGGCCAAAUAUCAAUGGAGGAGGGGACACCUUUGGCGAUAAUGGAGGGACUUUUGGUGGCAAUGGAGGACCUAUAAGCUCUGUUUCUGUGAAUGACAGCAUUGAUUUUUGCCAACAUUUUACCAAUCUUUGUUUAAAUGGACGCUGCAACCCAACACCUGGGAGCUAUCGCUGCGAGUGUAACAUGGGAUACAAGCAGGAUGUUCGGGGGGAGUGCAUUGAUGAGGAUGAGUGUCGGAAUAAGCCAUGCACCAAUGGAGACUGUGUCAACACACCUGGGUCAUACCACUGCAAGUGUCAUGAGGGAUACCAGGGCACCCCUACCAAACAGGCCUGCAUCGAUAUUGACGAGUGUAUUGUAAACGGAGUGAUGUGUCGCAAUGGCCGCUGUGUCAACACGGAGGGCAGCUUCCAAUGUAUCUGCAAUGCUGGCUUUGAGCUCUCUCCAGAUGGGAAAAACUGUGUUGAUCACGACGAGUGUGCCACUACCAACAUGUGUCUCAAUGGCAUGUGCAUCAACGAGGAUGGCAGCUUCAAAUGCAUCUGCAAGCCUGGCUUCUCUUUAGCAACCAGUGGCCGGUAUUGCAUUGACAUUGACGAGUGUCUGACUCCUGGCAUAUGUAUGAACGGUCGCUGCAUCAACAGUGAAGGGUCCUUCCGCUGCGAAUGCCCACCAGGCCUGGCCGUUGACGUCGAUGGAAGAGUGUGUGUGGACACACACAUGAGGACCACCUGCUAUGGCACUAUAAAAAUGGGUACAUGCUCACGUCCCUUUCCAGGAGCAGUGACCAAGUCUGAGUGCUGCUGUGCUAACCCCGAGCAUGGCUUUGGAGAGCCCUGCCAACCCUGCCCAUCUAGAAACUCAGCUGAGUUUCAGGCUGUAUGCAGCGGGGGUAUUGGUAUUACCACUGAUGGAAGAGACAUCAAUGAGUGCGCCUUGGACCCAGACAUCUGCCAGAACGGUGUUUGUGAGAACCUCAGAGGAAGUUACCGCUGCAUCUGCGACAUUGGCUAUGAGUCUGACACAAGUGGAAAGACCUGCGUUGACAUUAAUGAGUGUCUAGUGAACCGACUGCUCUGUGACAAUGGACUGUGCAGAAAUACACCAGGGUCCUACACAUGCUCCUGUCCUACAGGAUUUGUCUUCAAACCUGAUUCUGAGACGUGCGAGGAUAUAAAUGAGUGUGAGUCCAGCCCAUGCAUCAAUGGACUAUGUCGCAAUGUUGCCGGGUCUUUUAACUGCGAGUGCGCCCAUGGCAGCAAACUGGACUCUACAAACACCAUCUGCGUUGACAGCAUGAAGAGCACUUGCUGGCUCACCAUUCAAGACAACCGCUGUGAGGUGAACAUCAACGGAGCCACACUGAAGUCUGAGUGCUGCUCCACCCUGGGAGCAGCCUGGGGCAGCCCCUGUGAACCCUGCGAGAUUGACACCGCUUGCUCUCGAGGAUUUGCUCGCAUGAAAGGCCUUGUCUGUGAAGACAUUAACGAGUGUGAAGUGUUCCCCGGAGUGUGUACGAAUGGACGGUGUGUGAACACUCAGGGCUCAUUCCGCUGCGAGUGUGCUGCAGGCCUGACUUUGGACAGCAGUGGUCGCACAUGUGUGGACAUGCGCAGUGAACAGUGCUAUAAGAAAUGGCACGAGGAUGAGUGCGGUGAGCCACUACCAGGAAGGUAUCGUGUGGACAUGUGCUGCUGCUCCGUGGGAGCUGCUUGGGGGAUCGAUUGUGAGGAAUGUCCUAAAGAGGGAACGCCUGAGUUCAAUACCAUCUGCCCCAGGGGGCGGGGCUUCGCUAAUAGAGGAGAUAUUCUCACCGGCAGGACCUUUUACAAAGAUGUGAAUGAAUGUAAGGUCUUCCAGGGGCUGUGUACUUAUGGAACCUGCAGAAACACAAUUGGCAGUUUCAAGUGUCGGUGCAACAACGGCUUUGCUCUCACAGCUGAGGAGAGGAACUGCACAGAUAUUGAUGAGUGUCGAAUCUCCCCCGACCUGUGUGGUCAUGGUACAUGUGUCAACACACCCGGCAGCUUUGAGUGCGAGUGCUUUGAAGGCUACGAAAGUGGCUUCAUGAUGAUGAAAAACUGCAUGGACAUCGAUGAAUGUGAGAGGAACCCCCUGUUGUGCCAUGGAGGAACCUGCAUGAACACAGAUGGAAGCUUUGAGUGUGAAUGUCCCACAGGAUAUUUGCUCAGCAGUGAUGCAUCGGUUUGUGAAGACAUGAAUGAAUGCCAGCUGAGUGACAACUUGUGCAGAAAUGGCGAGUGUGUCAACAUGCCUGGGACCUAUCAGUGCUCCUGUAACAUGGGAUAUCAGGCCACACCUGACAGACAGGGCUGCGUUGAUAUUGACGAGUGCACCAUUAUGAAUGGUGGAUGUGAGACCCACUGUACCAACUCUGAGGGUAGUUAUGAGUGCAGCUGUGGUGAGGGAUAUGCCCUGAUGCCUGACCUCAGGACUUGUGCAGAUAUUGAUGAGUGUGAAGAGACUCCAGAUGUGUGUGAUGGAGGCCAAUGCACCAAUAUUCCUGGGGAAUAUCGCUGUCUGUGCUUUGAUGGUUUCAUGGCUUCCAUGGACAUGAGGACCUGUACCGAUGUGGACGAAUGUGAUUUAAACCCAAACAUCUGUCUCCAUGGUAACUGUGAGAACACUAAGGGCUCCUUCAUCUGCCACUGUGAGCUGGGAUACUUUGUCAAAAAGGGAUCCACAGGCUGCACAGAUAUUGAUGAGUGUGAGAUCGGAGCUCACAACUGUGACAUGCAUGCCGCCUGCAUUAAUGUGCCAGGAAGUUUCAAGUGUCGCUGUAGAGAUGGCUGGGUGGGAGACGGCAUCAAAUGUGUGGAUUAUGAUGAAUGCGCCUCAGAGGACCAUAGUUGCCACCUUAAUGCAGACUGUGUGAACACACCGGGAUCAUAUAGGUGUACAUGCAAAGAUGGCUUCAAUGGAGACGGCUUUUCGUGCUCGGACAUGGAUGAAUGCGCAGACAAUGUCAACCUGUGUGAAAACGGACAGUGUCUGAAUGCCCCUGGAGGCUACCGCUGCGAGUGUGAGAUGGGCUUCACUCCCACAGAGGACAGCAAGGCCUGUGAAGAUAUCGAUGAGUGCAAUUUCCAGAACAUCUGUGUGUUUGGAAGUUGUGAGAACCUCCCAGGAAUGUUCCGCUGUGUUUGUGACGUAGGCUAUGAACUGGACCGCAGUGGAGGGAACUGCACUGAUAUCAACGAGUGUGCUGACACUGUGAAUUGCCUCAAUGGAAUCUGUGUGAACACAGAAGGGAGCUACUUGUGUAACUGUCCGCCUGACUUUACACUCAACCCCACAGGAGUGGGCUGUGUUGAUACCCGUGUUGGUAGCUGUUACUUAGACAUCUCUCCCCGGGGUGACGGAGGAAUCUCCUGCAGUGUGGAGAUCGGUGUCGGUGUCACGCGAGCUUCCUGUUGUUGCACUGAUGGAAGAUUCUGGGGAAAUCCUUGUGAAGUCUGCCCUGCAUCUAACUCCUCCGAGUAUAAGACUCUCUGUCCAGGAGGGGAGGGGUUCAGGCCCAACCCCAUCACUGUUCUUUUGGAAGACAUCGAUGAGUGUAUGGAGCUGCCAGGUCUCUGCCAGGGUGGAGAAUGCAUUAACACGUUUGGUAGCUUCCAGUGUGAGUGUCCACUAGGAUACUAUCUGAAUGAAGAGACACGCGUCUGUGAAGAUAUUGAUGAAUGCACUGCUCACAUUGGUAUUUGUGGACCUGGCACUUGCUACAAUACAAAGGGAAACUACACUUGUGUGUGCCCCCCUGAAUACAUGCAGGUCAAUGGAGGAAACAACUGCAUGGACAUGAGGAAGAGUGUUUGCUACCGCAACUUCAAUGACACGUGUGAAAACGAGCUGUCGUUCAACAUGACCAAGAAGAUGUGCUGCUGCGCCUACAACGUGGGCAAAGCUUGGAAUAAGCCAUGCGAACCGUGUCCUACCCCUGCCACCAAUGAAUACAGGACACUGUGUGGUAACCUGUCUCCUGGCUUCAUUAUUGACAUCCACACCGGCAAACCAAUUGAUAUUGAUGAGUGCAGAGAAAUUCCUGGUAUCUGUGCAAAUGGAGUAUGCAUCAACCAGAUAGGAAGUUUCCGCUGUGAAUGUCCAAUGGGCUUCAGCUACAACAACAUUCUGCUGAUUUGUGAAGAUAUUGAUGAGUGCAACAGCGGCGAUAACCUGUGCCAGCGUAACGCAAACUGCAUCAACAUUCCAGGCAGCUACCGCUGCGAGUGUUCCCAGGGCUUUAAACUGUCGCCCGGUGGGGCCUGUCUGGAUCGAAAUGAGUGCCUGGAGAUUCCUAAUGUCUGCAGCCAUGGAGAGUGCAUUGACACUCAGGGCAGCUAUCGCUGUCUCUGUCACAACGGUUUCAAGGCUACUGCUGAUCAGACCAUGUGCAUGGACAUUGAUGAAUGUGAAAGGCAGCCGUGCGGAAAUGGUACCUGCAAAAACACGGUGGGAUCCUACAACUGCCUCUGUUUCCCUGGAUUUGAACUCACGCACAAUAAUGACUGCAUGGACAUAGAUGAGUGCUUUGCCCUGCAGGGCCAAGUGUGCAGGAAUGGACAAUGCGUUAACGGGCUCGGCUCCUUUCAAUGCUUGUGCCAAGAGGGUUAUGAAAACAGCCCUGAUGGAAAGAAUUGCAUUGAUAUUAAUGAGUGCAUUAGUCUGCCGGGAACAUGCUCCCCGGGAACCUGCCAAAACCUGGAUGGAUCCUUCAGAUGUAUUUGCCCUCCGGGUUACGAGGUGCAAAACGACCAGUGUUUAGAUAUCAAUGAAUGUGAAGCAGAGCCCAACAUCUGCCUGUUUGGCACCUGCACCAAUACCCCAGGCAGCUUCAAGUGCACCUGUCAGCCAGGCUUUGUUCUCUCAGACAACAAACGACGGUGCUACGACACCAGAGAAAGCUUCUGUUUCACCAACUUCGAAGCAGGAAAAUGCACAGUCCCUAAAGCAUUCAACACCACCAAGGCCAAGUGUUGCUGCAGCAAGAUGCCCGGAGAGGGCUGGGGACUUCCCUGUGAGCUGUGCCCACGAGAAACUGAUGCUGCCUUCAACACCUUAUGCCCCUACGGCUUUGGAGCUCUGCCUGGACCGGGUGACACUCGAGAGGAUAUGAAUGAGUGUUUGGAUAAUCCUGGAAUCUGCAAGAAUGGAAUAUGCAUCAAUACAGAUGGCUCUUUCAGAUGUGAAUGCCCCUUUGGAUACAUCCUGGAUUACACUGGAGUCAACUGUGUUGACACAGAUGAGUGCUCCGUUGGAAACCCCUGUGGUAAUGGAACCUGUACCAAUGUAGUUGGAGGCUUCGAGUGUUCGUGUCAUGAGGGCUUUGAACCAGGAUCCAUGAUGACUUGCGAGGACAUCAAUGAGUGCUCCCAGAAUCCCCUUCUUUGUGCUUUCCGUUGUGUCAACACGUUUGGGUCCUAUGAGUGUAUGUGUCCUGCUGGGUACGUGCUGAGAGAUGACCAGCGCAUGUGUAGAGAUCAGGAUGAGUGUUCAGAGGGAUUGGAUGACUGCGACUCCAAAGGCAUGACUUGCAAGAAUCUGAUUGGAACCUUCAUGUGUAUCUGCCCUCCUGGCAUGCAGCGGCGACCAGAUGGAGAGGGAUGCAUGGACUUGAAUGAGUGUCGUGCCAAACCUGGAAUCUGUAAGAACGGUCGCUGCAUCAACACAGUUGGAAGCUACCGCUGCGAGUGUAAUGCUGGCUUUGAGCCAAGCUCAACUGGAACUGAAUGUAUUGACAACAGAAAGGGCUUGUGUUACACAGAGGUCCUGCAGACAAUGUGCCAGCAGUUGUCAACCAACAGGAACAGUGUGACCAAGUCUGAAUGUUGCUGCAACGCGGGUCGUGGUUGGGGGCCAGGGUGUGAGCUGUGCCCCCUACCAGGCACCGUACAGUACAAGAAGAUGUGUCCUCUUGGACCUGGCUACACCACAGAUGGUAGAGACAUCAAUGAAUGCCAGGUGUUGCCAGAUCUGUGCAAGAAUGGGCAGUGCAUCAACUCCAUAGGAUCCUUCCGCUGCCACUGUAAUGUAGGCUACAAAGCUGACUUCACCAGCACCUCAUGUGUUGAUUUGGAUGAAUGCUCCUUGUCACCGAAGCCAUGCAACUUCCUGUGUAAAAAUACGGAAGGCAGCUACUUGUGCUCCUGUCCCAGAGGAUACAGCCUACAACCAGAUGGAAAGACCUGCAAAGAUCUGGAUGAAUGUUCAACAAAGCAACACAACUGCCAGUUCCUCUGUGUUAACACCAUUGGAGGCUUCAACUGCAAGUGUCCUCCUGGCUUUAUUCAGCAUCAAACUGCCUGCAUUGACAACAAUGAGUGUGCGGCCCAAAACAGUGUUUGUGGUUCCCGCGCUUCCUGCGUAAACACACCUGGUAGCUUCAAUUGUGAAUGCUCUAAAGGUUUCUCUCUGGACAAUACUGGCUUUGAGUGUGAAGAUGUGGAUGAGUGUAGCAAUAACCACCGUUGUCAGCAUGGCUGUCAGAACAUGUUGGGAGGUUACCGCUGCGGCUGUCCUCAGGGCUAUGUACAGCACUACCAGUGGAACCAGUGUGUGGAUGAAAAUGAGUGUCAGGGUGGGACUGUGUGUGGCUCUGCUUCCUGCUACAACACCCUGGGAAGUUUCAAGUGUGUCUGUCCUUCUGGCUUUGACUUUGAGGAAACCGCCGGUGGUUGCCAGGAUGUGAAUGAAUGUAACACUGGCACAAACCCCUGCAUCUAUGGCUGCUCCAACACUGAUGGAGGAUACCUGUGCGGCUGUCCAGGAGGUUUCUUUAGAGCUGGCCAGGGUCACUGUAUUUCCGGUUCAGGCUUCCCAGGACACCUUGUGGAUGGAGAUGAGGAUGACAGUCUUUCUCCUGAAGCUUGCUACGAAUGCAAGAUCAAUGGCGGAGGAAAGAAUGGACGACACAAGCGCAGUGCCGAUGAAAAUGAACUUAAUCAGGAACCAGCUGUAAGUAUGGCCAGCGUGGACACCCAGGCCUUCAUCCCCUUAAACGUCUCGCUGGCCUCACUCCUCAACAAGGAGCCUUUGCUUGAGCUCCUCCCUGCACUUGAGCCCCUGGAGCAUCACGUACGUUACAUCAUAACCCGCGGCAACACCGACGAACACUUCCGCCUCAUGGAGCGCAGAGAUGGAAAGAGCGUCCUCAGGCUCGGGAAGAGACCACCCCCUCCAGGGUCCUACCGGCUGGAGGUCACCAGCCUGCCUCUGUUUGGACCCCGCAGAUUACAUCAGCUGGAGGAGCAGCACGACUCUGACUACCUACAGGGGGAGAUAGGAGAUGCUCUGCUCAUCAAGCUCCACAUUCACCUGCACUGAGCUCAGUCCAUGUGUGUGCAAUCCUUCUCUGGACUUUUUUUUUUAAACUAUCAAAUAACUCUGCCCCUGAAAGAACCAUCUGACUAACAGGGGGAGAAUUAGGGGCUACAAGAAACUGAGUCAAUAAGCCCACCUCUACCACCACUUUGUUACUCUUCAAGUUAUAUGUUGUUUGAUUUUUUCUUUCUUAUUUUUGUACAAUGACUGUAAUUCUGUCUGGCCCAGUACUCAUUUCUCCCCUGAGAAACAGAGGACAAGAUGGCAAAGAGGUGCUUUUGUGCUUGGACCACUGCAGCUCCAUACACAUAACGUAGCAUGUCUGUGAAAGGUUAGAUGGAGGUUUUAUUCAGUUAAUGUUGGGGCUGAGCUAAAAUGUAUGUUUUCAAUUGUGCAAAAAUACCCGGCCUUAGGAUUAAUUCACAUCUUUGUGAUCUUAAGAAAAAACAAAACAAAAAAAACAAUCCCGUAACUGCGGAUAAA